GCUGCUUAGUGUGGAGUAACAAAGAGGUGUGCCUGACUUAAAGUGUUUACGCGACUUAACUUAAGCAAAAUAAUCAGGAAUUAUCAUUUUUUUUGGAAAUGGGGUGGUUUCGCUGUUAUCAGUCAAGGAUGCAAUUAACUAGGAUAUUAGUCCUGUUCUUGUGCGUACUUGCCGGGAACGCCCAAUUUCCAGAGAAGUUAACACUGAAUCCUUGCAUUUCCAAAUCCUCUUGUCAUGAUUGCAUCCAGACUCCAUCGUGUGCCUGGUGCUACAAACCGGAUUUCGGUGAAAGAGCAAGAUGUUUCCAACCAUCGAAUCCGGGCUCCAAAUCUUGCCCGGAAGAGUACGUAUGGAACCCGGAUAAUGUCCUGCAAGUGCUAGUCGCCAGGGAAUUGUCCAAAGCUCAUGCAGCUGGAGGUUCUGCAGGUGGAACCAUGGAAUCAGGAUGGAGCGUGGAAGGUUCUUCAAGCCACAGCUCUUCUGGUUCCAGUUCAUGGUCUGCGCAUGGUUCAUCAUCAGGUGGAGGAAGUUUCGGCGAAUCCAAUAUAGUUCAGAUUUCACCACAAAAAGUGAAUUUGAAAUUGAGAGCCAGGCAAUCGUAUAGCUUUCAGAUGCACUACACUCAAGCAGAAGAUUACCCAGUUGAUCUUUAUUACCUCAUGGAUUUGUCCAAAUCCAUGGAGGAUGAUAAAGACAAGUUAUCGCUUCUGGGAAACCUUUUAGCCGAAUCGAUGCGAAACUUAACUUCGAACUUUAGAUUGGGCUUCGGCAGUUUCGUGGAUAAAGUUGUUAUGCCCUACGUGAGCACCGUACCCAAAAAUUUGAGGGAACCUUGCACGGGCUGCGCUGCACCUUACGGUUACCGUCAUGCGAUGAGGUUGGACACCGACACGAACAGGUUUUCCACUAUGGUGAAGGAGGCGGCUGUAUCUGGUAACUUGGAUGCUCCAGAGGGCGGAUUUGAUGCCAUAAUGCAGGCUGUAGUGUGCAGGGAUGAAAUAGGUUGGAGGGAACAAGCGCGUCGUUUAUUGGUGUUCUCGACUGAUGCAGGAUUCCAUUACGCCGGAGACGGAAAAUUGGGUGGAAUUGUGAAGCCUAAUGACGGUUUGUGCCAUAUGGAUAACUAUGGUUUGUACACACAUUCAUCGCUUCAAGACUACCCUAGCAUCUCGCAAAUCAAUCUGAAGGUGAAGCAAAAUGCUAUCAAUUUGAUCUUCGCUGUGACCGAGCAGCAGAUCGGAGUCUACAAGAGGUUGCAGGAAAGCAUAGAGGGAGCGUUCAGCGGGCAAUUGUCCAAUGAUUCUUCGAAUAUCGUGGACCUGGUUAAAGAACAAUACCAGCAAAUAUCCUCGACAGUCGAGAUGAAGGAUAAUGCGAAGAGUAACAUCAAAAUCAAUUAUUACUCGCAGUGUUUGGACGAGAGCGGCGGCGUCAAGAAGACGAACAAGUGCGGCAACAUUAAGGUCGGAGACGUGAUCACGUUUAGAGUGGAGAUUGAGGUAACGCAAUGUCCCAAAGACCCUAAAGAUUGGAAGCAGACUCUUCAGAUCUAUCCGGUGGGUCUGAACGAAAGUCUGACUAUUGAUUUAGAGAUGCUUUGUUCGUGCCCUUGCGAACAUCCAGGUCAUAAAGGUUUCAUAGAGAAGGCGGACGAAUGUCACGGCUUCGGUACGUUCAAGUGCGGAAUUUGCGAAUGCGACCACUCACAUUUCGGACGCUACUGCGAAUGCUCCGCCAGCGAAAUGGAUAAUAUCAAAGACACAUUAGGGUGCAGAGUGGAUAACACGAGUACCGUUGAUUGUUCGGGUCGAGGAAGCUGCGUCUGCGGUAAAUGCGAAUGCAACCUCAGGACUAACGAGGAGGAAAAGGUUUAUGGUAAUUUCUGCGAGUGCGACAAUUUCUCAUGCGACAGACACGAGGGUAAAAUCUGCAGCGGACAUGGAACUUGCGAAUGCGGCGUUUGUCAAUGCGUUGAACCAUGGGGUGGCGCCGCUUGCGACUGCAGAAUGUCCAACGAGACUUGCUUUGCACCUGGGGUGUUGGAUGGUGAGAUUUGCUCUGGUCACGGUGAAUGUAAAUGCGGAUCUUGCAAAUGUGAGAGUACUGAAGAAGGCAGGUAUUCCGGAAGGUUCUGCGAAAAAUGUCCCACUUGUUCGGAUCGUUGCGAAGAGUUUAAACAUUGCGUGCAAUGUCAGAUGUAUAAAACUGGUCCUUUGGACGAGGAGGAAUGCGCUAAGAACUGUACCAAAUUUACACCCAUCGGUGUGGAUAAAGUCGAAGCUAAGGAAGAAAACGAUGAAAAUCUCUGCGCCUUUUACGACGAGGACGACUGUCGCUUCGCGUACGUCUACUACUUCGAUGAGCAUAACAAAGUUGCUGUCAAAGCCCAGCAAGAGCGCGAAUGCCCAGCCAAGGUUUAUCUCUUGGGAAUCGUCCUCGGAGUGAUCGCUGCCAUUGUAUUCAUGGGCUUAGCCGUACUACUACUAUGGAAACUGUUUACCACGAUCCACGAUCGUCGAGAGUUCGCUAAAUUCGAAAAAGAGCGAAUGAUGGCCAAAUGGGACACGGGCGAAAAUCCGAUUUAUAAGCAAGCCACGUCCACUUUCAAGAACCCCACGUAUGCCGGAAAAGGUUAAAUCAUCACGCAACACAAAAAUAAUUUAUUACUGCCAUCAAUUACUUUCGUGGACAUAAAAUUAAUUUUUUUAAGCAAUUCAAACUAAACUUUAAUAACGUCAUUUGCAAUUGUCCAUACUUAAAACUUAUAUGAUUAUUUAUAACUUAGUAUAAAUCUUUUCGAAUAUGUAAUCUACACUACAUCAGCUUUUCUCAAUCUUUUUUUAGCCACGCGUCCCCAACGUAUUAUUUAUUUGUAGUUGUAACCAAUUGCUGAAUGUUACCUCACUUUGACACAAGGUGACUGCUGUCAUUUAGCGAUCCUUCUUUUUUGUUACAACUCUUCUUUUAUGUUGAAAAAUGCUACUAUAAGAUCUAACCAAAACCUCAACUACAUUAUACAAAUUGUGAUUGGCGUAAUGCGUCGACAUAAAUCGUAAAGCCUCUUCCAGGAGUGAAAACGCAGGAGGAAGAAAAAAACUGAAGAUCUUUGCAAAUCCUUUUGUUAUUAUCAAGAUGAGACAAAGUUCACAAAUUAACAUAAUGUAUAUAUAAAAUAAUUUUUAAUAAAAUUUAGUGAAAUUUGUUACAUUUUCGAAAUGUGAAGUCCACAUUAUUCUUUUGAGUAAUUCAAAAACCUGUGCAAUAUAUUAG